AUGAUGGAACCCACAAAAAUCUCCGUCUCCUCAAACUACUUCCGCGCAAUUAGCACGCAGGCAGACCUGCACGAGCGCCUGCAAAAGUACAUGACACGAGACCUUCAAGAACUGGAGACGCGAUGGGUCCGGAGCGUCAACGCCAUCGGUGACAAGAUGCUGGCAGGCGCGCACGUGGAAGAGGACUUGGUCGCGCUCUCGCAGAUCGUGUGGGACGGAUUGAAGCUUGCGCUGCGCGUCGUGGGGUUGCUGACUAGGCUUGGCGGGGAGAUUUUCGGGGAUGGUCAGAAGUGGGAAUUGGUUUAUGUACCGCCCUUCUUCGUCGAGAAUACUGUUUUCUGCGGGAGGAGGACUGGGGUUAAGUUUGAUUUGCCAAUGUUACAGCAUGGCGGAUACGUUAUCUAUCCCACGAACGCUAGGAGGGUGGCUGGCGGGCGGCAGGGAGGGAAGGGCGGCCUAGAGGCUUUCUACGCCGAGUUUUUGUCUCUGUUGGAUUGGAUUGAGGGGCAGAGAAAGUGUAGAGAGAUUGGAUUGAUCAGGGAGGAGUUGGCAGCUAGGAUGGCCGCUUAAUUUAUGAUAUGCGUUUACGUUUA